AUGGUUUUCGACCAAAUGCCUAAUAAAAAUGUGGUCUCUUGGACUUCCAUUGUUACUGCAUAUGCUAAACAUGGCCUCACUUUAUCCGCUCAGAAAAUCUUUGAUAACAUGCCAGUGAAAAAUCUUUAUCUCAACAUGUGUGAUUUGAGGGUGGUGCCGGAUGAGGCUACCUUAGUUAUCAUACUCUCAGCCUGUAGCCAAAUUGGUGAUCUGGUCAUGGGAAAGAAAAUCUAUAAUUACAUAUGCAGUAACAAUUCAAUACAUGGGGUCACUCUAUAUAACUCCCUCAUGGACAUGUAUGUAAAGUGUGGUGCCCCUAGAAUUGCCUUGGAUAUCUUUUACAAGAUUCCAGAAAAGAAUACAGUGUCCUGGAAUGCUAUUAUUGGGACCCUGGCACUCCAUGGUCAUGGCUUAGAAGCUAUAGACCUCUUUGAAAAGAUGCAAGCAUGUGGAGUUCAGCCUGAUGAGAUCAUUUUCACUAGAUUGCUUUCUGCUUGUAGUCACAGUGGUCUUAUUGACUUGGGGAGACAUUAUUUUCACAAAGAGUUCUACUACACAACCACCCGCUGUUCACUCAACCUCCGCACUCCAGCCGACGAUAAGAUAAUAUCUCUUAAAGAAACCGAUGCGGAUCCAUCUGAUGAAUCAUUUGUCAAUGAUGCUCAGAUCAUUUCUCAAGACAAGAUGAUAUCUCUUAAGGAAACCGCUGCAGAUCCAUCUGAUGAAUCAUUUGUCAAUGAUGCUCAAAUCAUUUCUCAAGUUGUUGGAUCACGUUCUGGAUAUUUUAGGGGCCUAGGACGUUGCGUGAAGCCAUCAUCAACACCAUCAUCCUCUUCUCGAGGCAGAUCGAAUGAUGACAAGACUAAUUGGAGGAAGCAACACUUGAGAUAG